GUUGCUUGCUCUGUGUUUCGUGAUUUUUUUAAGCUACGCCGCGGCCCAGCGUGGCUGGUACCAUGGUGGCAUGGACCGACAUUACAGGGGUGGCCACGGAAUCGGGAUGGGUGGAAUGCCGUGGUGGGCCACUGACGACGCGGAGUCAACCGCUAGAAUGCCAUGGUGGGACGCUAAUAACUGGGGUGGCUACGGAGGUCAUCGUGGCUACGGAGGUCACCGUGGCUAUGGAGUCGGGAUGGGUGGAAUACCAUGGUGGGCCACUGACGACGCGGAGUCAAUCGCUAGAAGGCCAUGGUGGGCCACUGACGACGAGGGGUCAGUCGCUAGAAGGCCAUGGUGGGACACUGACGGCACGGACGCAUCUUGGACAAGCGGAAUACGACGAGGGUCAGGUGCUUCUGACUGGGACAGUACGUGGACAAGGCAUUUCCCAUGUUGGGGCGGCGGACCAUGCAUGAGGAAUGAACAAUGGGGGACAACUGACUGGGGCGACGAUUUGUCAUGGUUAAGUGACGACUCUCAGGUCGCCGACCCCGAAUCGGACUGGCAAGCUCAGGCACCAGGAGCGAGACUAGGCAGAUCACGUCAUCAUCGUAUGGGCCCUGGACAUCGGGGACGGGGCAUUUUUUCAAGACCAAGCUCAAUGCCGCAACAGUGGUGGGAUGGUCCGAAUGUCUGCAUUGAACGUAGUCAAAAUGGAUCAUCUGUGUUUGAGGACAUGUUCGACGGGAUUCGUGAAGUGUUUGCUCCCAUCAUGCAUCAUCUAGGCAUUGACAUAGAAACUAUGCCACGAACCAUGAUGCAGUACGGUACACGUGCACGCAGGAGUUCGUUUCUAUCAAGUUGGCAUUCUUCCAGAUGUUCUGAUCACCAUGGCCAUUACAGACGCUGUACUUCUAGAACUAGAUUUCCUGGCGUUAACAGAAACACGUCGGCGACGUAUGAAUGCUGCUUUGGAUACGGACGUAAAGAAGGCCUCGCCGGAUGCCCCUACAAAUACGACCUCCAACCGCUGACCGAUGCACUGAUAACUAUCCAAGUCAAUGACUUCGCGGAUUUUAUUGACGGUACUGGUGUCAAUGAACUCCUUAACGAUGGAAACAAUUACACGAUAUUUGUGCCCGAAAAUGGGGCCAUCGAUGAUCUUGCAUUGGGUGACAUUGACGUUAAUGAUCUGUUCAGUGAUAUACAACUUCAGAUGGUUCAGCGAACACUGAGAAGUCACAUCGUGCCCGGUAUUGUGCGAACCAGCCAAAUGGAAGACGAAGAAGUGAUUGAAAAUAUAGACGGCGACAAAAUACGUAUAAACUACUAUCCGGACAGUGGACCUGAACUGAUUGUGACGGCAAAUUGUGCACGUAUGGUGAAAGCCAACCAGUUUGCCACUAAUGGUGUAAUCCACGUAGUUGACAAAGUUAUCACGCCCGCAACGAAGAGCGUCGCAGAGACAAUCGCAUCGCUUCCAGGGUUUGAUAUAUUGAGAAAUGUAAUUGAGAGGAGCAGUUUGUACGACUCGUUGAACGAAGACAGUCAGCUUACUUUAUUUGCUCCGACUGACGGUGCUUUUGAACGUUUGGAUUCAGAGCUUCUUCACUCCAUCGUCAAUGGUGACAGAUGUCUAAUAGGACUGGUACAAAACCACGUGAUACCCCACACUAUAUGUUCUUCGGCAAUCACAGGUGAGCAUAUUGUGCGAACCUUGCUGGAAACAGUACUGAACAUCUCCAGAACCGAAGACGACAAACUGUUUGUAAACAACGCCCAGAUUGUUAAUACCGAUGUCAUAGCAACCAACGGCGUUAUCCACAUCAUCGAUGAAGUUAUGAUACCCCAAGAAGCCUUCUCACUAAUGGACUUACUUAAUGGUGAGGUUAAACGGAUGGUUGACAAAUCUGAACUCGGGCUGUACUUGAGAGAUACAAAAGAUGUUACAUUCUUUGUACCAACUGACGAGGCGAUUCAGGAUUUACCUGAGGAAAUGUUUGAAACGCUACAAGACAGUGGACGAUUACGUCAUAUUUUGAUGUAUCACAUCAUAGCCGACCAAUCCAUGACAUACAGUGAUAUUGGAGAGCGCAUAAACGAAGAAAUAACUACAUCCAAUGGAGAGACCAUGAGAAUUGGUACUUGCUCGAACGUGUUGCCACUCAGCUCUCCAAGAAGGCUUACUGUAGAAUGUGCUGACAUAGUUGAGGCUGAUAUCCAGGGAUGCAAUGGCGUAAUUCAUAUGAUUAAUAAGGUUCUGAUUCCACCAUAUAACAGUAUAAUGGAAAUUAUCAAAACCGACCCAUCAUUCUCUAUUCUAUUAAGAGUAAUCAAUUUCAUUGGUAUUGGGGAAAAACUUGAAAAGGAAGGACCUUUCACAAUUUUUGCUCCGUCAAAUCAAGCGUUUGAAUCCUUGGAUCAAGAUUACUUGGAGAACCUUUUCAAUGAUAAGAAUGCAUUCACUGAUGUGAUAAAUUACCAUAUUCUAGAUGAUGUUGUAUGUAGCAGUCAACUGGCCAAAUCAGCGUGGUGGUUUCCGCUGCGUUUACCAACCCUCAAUGGCCAGCGAAUUCGUUUCUGGAAUGGUCAACGUGGAACAAUGAUGAAUGAUGCACUCAUCACGGCAACUGAUACCAUGGCAACCAAUGGGGUCAUCCACACCAUCGACAAGUUGCAGCUCCCAUAUUAACCCAUUUAAUUUGUAAAAUGUACGAAGGCUUCAGCAGUUAUGUUAAUGAAGCACCACUGAUAUGCAAAUUUUAUUAACUCUGGGCGUGUAACCCAUUUUCGAUAAAUACAAUUUAUGCAGUAGACUGAUAUAAUGGAUCAAAAUCCUGUUAGACUUUUGAACAUUUUGUAUAUUAUAGAUUUUUUUAUU